CGGGGCGGGGCGGAGGCGGCUGCGCGCGCCCCCUUCUUUCUUUCUUUCUUUCUUUCUUCUUUCCCUUGUCCUUGCUCAGUCUCUUAGCUUCGCAGCUGGCCUGGGUCGCAGACCUUACCAGCCUUGUCGCCGAACGCCGCAGCUGCAUUAGGGACCGGCGCGUGCACUGCCGUCGCCUGCGGCCGCCCCGCUAUGCCCGGCUGCCCCGGCCCCAGUGGCCGCGCGCCGCUGCUCUGCCCGCUGCUGCUCCUGCUCUGCGCGCCGGCGCCCGGCGCCCCCGGGCCCACACCAGCAGAGCCUGCAACUGACAGCCUGGCGUCCUUGGACGUUGUGCACCCAGUGCGCGUGGACGAGACCGGCACCUUCCUGUCCUUCGAGCUCUGGCCACACACGGUGCAGAAGCGGGCAGCUCCAGAUUCAGAUUCAGGUUUGGGGUUUGCACCCCGCACCGCGCCUACCUUCUUCCAGCUGCGCUACCGCGGGCGCGAGCUACGCUUCAACCUCUCCGCCAAUGCACAGCUGCUGGCACCAGGCUUUGUGCUCGAGACACGUCGAGCUGGUGGCCUGGGCCACGCGCACAUCCGGCCCUACACGCCUACGUGCCAUCUGCUGGGCCAUGUGCAGGACCCACAGCGCCAGGGCGGCCGUGCGGCCAUCAGCGCCUGUGAUGGGCUGAAGGGAGUUUUCUGGCUCUCUGAUGAGGACUACUUCAUUGAACCCCUGGACAGGGCUCCAAACCAGCCCGGCCAUGCAUGGCCUCACGUGGUGUACAAGCGCCAGACCCCUGAGAGGUGGGCAGAGCAAGGUGACAUCCAGGCUUCACGUACCUGUGGGGUACAAGAGCUGGAACAUCAACAAGAGGACCCGGAGCAGCCAAGGCCGGGGAAGCAACAGCGGCAGAAGCGUUUGUACCACGGCUCAGUCAGCAAGGAGAAGUGGGUAGAAACCUUGGUGGUGGCUGACACUAAAAUGGUGGAAUACCAUGGACAGCCACAGGUGGAGAACUACGUGCUGACCAUCAUGAAUAUGGUGGCUGGCCUGUUUCAUGACCCCAGCAUUGGGAACCCCAUCCACAUCACCAUUGUGCGCCUGAUCCUGCUGGAAGAUGAAGAGAAGGACUUAAAGAUCACACACCAUGCAGACAACACCCUGCGGAGCUUCUGCAAGUGGCAGAAAAACAUCAACAUGAAGGGGGACGCCCACCCCCAGCACCAUGACACAGCCAUCUUGCUCACAAGGAAGGACUUGUGUUUAGCCAUGAACCAGCCCUGCGAGACCCUGGGCCUAUCUCACGUGGGAGGUAUGUGCCAGCUGAACCACAGCUGCAGCAUCAGCGAGGACACUGGCCUACCGCUGGCCUUCACCGUGGCCCAUGAGCUCGGGCACAGUUUUGGCAUGCAUCAUGACGGAAGCGGCAAUGACUGUGAGCCUGUUGGGAAACUGCAUUUCAUCAUGUCUCCACAGCUCCUGUACGACUCUGCCCCGCUCACCUGGUCCCGCUGCAGCAGCGAAUACAUCACCAGGUUCCUCGACCGUGGGUGGGGCAUGUGCCUGGAUGACUCUCCAACCACCGAUGUCAUCGACUUCCCCUCUGUGCCGCCCGGGGUCCUGUACGACGUGGACCACCAGUGCCACCUCCAGUACGGGGCCAACUCCAUCUUCUGUGAGGGCGUGGAUAACGUCUGCCACACGCUCUGGUGCUCUGUGGGGAUGACCUGUCACUCCAAGUUGGACCCCGCUGUGGACGGCACCAAGUGUGGGCCAGGCAAGUGGUGUUUCAAUGGGGACUGCGUCCCUAUGGGUUUCCGGCCCGAGCCAGUGGAUGGCGGCUGGUCCGACUGGAGCGCCUGGUCCGUCUGCUCACGGAGCUGUGGCACGGGUGUGCAGAGUACCGAGCGAUGGUGCACACAGCCUGAGCCCAAGUACAAGGGCAGGUUCUGCUUGGGCGAGCGCAGGCGCACGCGCCUCUGCAACCUGCAGGCCUGCCCGCCUGGCCAGCCUUCUUUCCGCCAUGUCCAGUGCAGCCACUUCGACUCCAAGCCCUACAAGGGCCAACUGCACACAUGGGUACCCGUGUUCGACUAUGGGAACCCCUGCGAGCUGAACUGCCGGCCCUCCACCGAGCACUUUUCCGAGAAGCUGCGCGAUGCCGUGAUCGAUGGCACUCCCUGCUACCAGGACCAGACCAUCCGUGACCUCUGCAUCAACGGGAUCUGCAAGAGUGUGGGCUGUGACUUCGAGAUUGACUCGGAUGCCGUGGAGGACCGCUGCGGAGUGUGCCGAGGCAAUGGCUCCACCUGCCACACUGUGAGCGGCACCUUCGAGGAGGCUGAGGGUCAGGGGUACGUGGACGUGGGGCUGAUUCCCACGGGCGCACGCGACAUCCACAUUGAGGAGGUGGCCGAUGCUGCCAACUUCCUGGCCCUGCGCAGCAGUGAGGACCCAGACAAGUACUUCCUCAACGGUGGCUGGACCAUCCAGUGGAAUGGGGACUACCACGUGGCGGGCACCACUUUCACCUACACCCGCACGGGCAACCGGGAGAACCUCACGUCCCCGGGACCCACCAGGGAGCCUGUCUGGAUCCAGCUGCUGUUCCAGGAGCACAACCCUGGGGUGCGCUACGAGUACACAGUCCACAGAGAAACUGAGAGCCUCAGUACGGCGCCACCGCCCGAAUUCUCCUGGCACCACAGGCCCUGGAGCGAGUGCACAGCCACCUGCGGCACAGGCGUGCAGAGGCAGAUCGUGUACUGUGCAGAGCAGCAGGCAGGGCUUGUGGACGAGAGGCACUGUGACCCCCUGACCCGGCCCGAUGACAACCACAGGACCUGCAAUGAGGAGCCCUGCCCCGCCCGGUGGUGGACUGGGGAGUGGCAGCACUGCUCCCGCUCCUGUGGGUCAAAGGGCGUCUCCCGCCGGGCUGUGCUCUGCCUCCAGAGCGUGGGGAUGGAGGAGCAGAGCGCCCUGGACCUGUCUGCCUGUGAGCACCUUCCCCGCCCUCCUGCUGAAACCCCUUGUAACCCCAACGUGCCCUGCCCAGCCACCUGGGCUGUGGGCAACUGGUCUCAGUGCUCGGUGACGUGUGGAAAUGGCACUCAGCGGCGAAUUACCGUCUGUACCAAUGACACAGGCCUCCCCUGCGAUGAGGCCAACCGGCCAGCAACCGAAGCCCCCUGCACCCUGCAGCCCUGCCUGAACUUGCUGGCCCCCGAGGCCUCCGGCAGUGGCGCCUCCAGCCCCGAGCUCUUCAACGACAUCGACUUCAUCUCAAACUCCCUGGCCACACGCCCCCUGCCCAACUCCACACCUGAGUCGGACAGCAUCAGCAAUCGCAUCGAGGACCUGAGCCCACCCGGGCCCCAGUGGGUAGAUGACUUCUACUAUGACUACAACUUCAUCACCUUCCAUGAGGACCUAUCUUACGGAAGCCUUGAGGAACCCAGCCCAGGCCUGGUGGGCACCGUGGAACCGAUGCCCCCAACCCAGAGCAGCCCUGCUAAGCUCUCCAUGGAGCCCCCCAGAGCCAAGGAGGGGGCAGAGCAGGAAGCUGACCACCUCCCACCCCCACCCUUGCAGAAGUUCCCCGGGAGCCCAGUGGUCCCUUCCCUGCCUGAGGAAGAUGCCCCCAUGGGUGCCCCUGACCUUGGGCUCCCCAUUUCAGUCAAAAGCACAGAGACACCCACUACCCCUGUAGGCUCCGAUGAGCUCCUAGUGAGAGAGGACAGCCAGACCAGGCCACCCCCUCCACAGUGGGAUGGGGCCAAUGACAUCUCCAAGGACAGUGAGGAGACUGCAGGCCGCAGAGCACCUCACCUGCCCCAAGGCCCCAUCCCCAUGCAGCCCCCUUGGCCUCCUGUCCACCCCACCCCCAUUUUUCCGGAUCCUGAUGUGCUGCUAGGGAUGAGGACUACAUCCUGGGACCCCGUGCCAGAGAGCGACCCACACAACGAGGUGUGGCCCACGGCAGGGGUGGCUGUUUCCUCUCCUCCUCCCACCACUCCUGUGCCCAGGACCUGGGAGCAGGACAGCCCCCUGACAGUGAUGGAGCCUGUGCCCCCAACAGCUGAGGAGGGCCGCCCCACAGACCUGCCUGCCAGGAAUGCCAGCUGGCAAGUGGGGAACUGGAGCCAGUGCUCCACCACCUGUGGCCUGGGUGCUGUCUGGAGGGCCGUGUACUGCAGCUCUGGCCGGGAUGAAGACUGCGCCCCUGCUGGGCGGCCCCAGCCUGCCCGCCACUGCCACCUGCGGCCCUGCGCUGCCUGGUACACAGGGAACUGGAGUAAGUGUUCCCGCAGCUGCGGUGGAGGCUCUGCAGUGCGGGACGUGCACUGUGUGAACACGCAGGAUCUCCAACCGCUGCGGCCCUUCCACUGCCAGCCCGGGCCCACCAAGCCACCCUCCCGCCAGCCCUGCGGGACCCAGCCCUGCCUCAGCUGGUACACCUCCUCCUGGAGAGAGUGCUCCGAAGCCUGUGGCGGUGGCGAGCAGCAGCGUCUGGUGACUUGUCCGGAGCCGGGCCUCUGUGAGGAGGCUCUGAGACCCAACGCCACUCAGCCCUGCAACACCCACCCCUGCACACAGUGGGUGGUAGGGCCCUGGGGCCAGUGCUCAGCACCUUGUAGAGGGGGAGUCCAGCGGCGCCUGGUCAAGUGUGUCAACGUGCGGACAGGGCUUCGUGAGGAGGACGGCGACCAGUGCGGCCACGAGGUCCGGCCCGAGGGCUCCCGGGUGUGCACUGCGAAGGAUUGUGAGGUCACUGAGCCCCCACGCUGCGAGCAAGACCGUCUGUCCUUCAACUUCUGCGAGCUCCUGCACAUCAUGGGCCACUGUGAGAUGCCCAAUGUUCGUGUCCAGUGCUGCCGCUCAUGUCACCCAUCUAACCACAAGGGCCUGUCCCAUGGCCACUCACAGGUGACAGCCCAGCCAUAUGCUUAGGCGGCAUAGGCCUAACAGAGACCCCAAGUCUCCGUCUCUUCUUCUGAGCACCGAGUGUCCUCCAUGGUGCCCUCCAUGCACCAGGCAGGACCCCAUGGUGGAAGGAAGUCAUCUGAGGUCUGUCAGGAAAGCACAGGCCUGCAUCCUAUCUGUCUUUGUGAGGAGGUCCUGGGUACCCGCGCCAACAGCAUCUCCAGGCUUCAUCAGGCAGCAGACCUCACAGGGACGGGGGCAACCCUCGGGUCCCCAGUGCACCUCCACCAUUACUGUUCCACAGUGCAACCUCAGGUUCCCCACAGAGAGCAGCUUACAAUUCAGGCCUGCCUUGUGGUCAUGCUUUCUAGGGUCACCCCACCACUCCCACCCUGUGGAAGGAUAUUUGGUCUCAGUCAUGUCUGUGUGUUUUUCCAGUGGUGCUCCCCACAGUGGCAGCUAGGCCUGGGCUGUCUGCUGGGCAGGAGGCAAAUGAGCCAAUGACCAGGCAGGCCUGGACAGCUGUCAGGAAACCACCUGUCCUCUGCAGAGGCUUCUAUGGACACAGACAGUGUCUGAAUCCUGGCUCCUGCCACUGUCCUCAGACCUGGCCUAUAGCUUGGCCACAGUUCUUAGGGCCACCGAUGCUGGCAGAAGCAUCCUGCUCCAGCCACCCCACCCCACUGGGCAGAGACACCCAGAGUCGAAGUCCAGGUUGGUAGGUGAGCCCCCGCCCUUGGGAUGGGCCCAAACAGAACAUUACAUAAAGGAGUUUAUUUUAACCUGAACAUCAGUACAGAAGCUGCUGUCAUAUAGAAGGACAGUCACCUGCUGCACAAAAAGACAACACUGUAUACAACGAGGGGGGCUCAUGCAACAGUGCAAACACUUCAUUAGGAAAACCUGAUUGGGGUUUGCCUACCAUGCUUCCUAUGUCAAUGCAGCUUAUUGGAAACCAGUGUUCCCUGCAAUCCGAAGUCCUACCUCCCACUGUUGAGCUGUCAGCUUGAUGACAAGCAGCAUCCAAGCUACCAGGGAAAGAAGGGUGAGGACAGAGUCCACACAGACACAGAGCUCAUGCCUGGAGGUAAAGGUGGUGUAGAGGGAGGCUCAGGCUUACAUAAAUACAUGCAAAGGAGUCGUGCACACAAAAUAGAACUUGUUAUAGAAAAUAGAUGUACAGAAUCUAGAAAAAACGUGAUAAAAUAGCCUACAAAAAUAUAAACUGUAGUAAAAAUAUACAAAAGUAUUAACAGGUUCAACGGAUUUAAAAACAAAAAAACACUGACUGCAGAGCUGGUGACUCCCCCAGCUCUGGCACAUGCGCAUGGCCAGCAGGCAAGACCACAUGCAAGAUGAGCAGUGUGUCAGCUUUGGCCAGAAGGAGCUCCUCAGGCAGCUGGUGGCGGAGCCUGAGGGGCACCAGGGACAGCAGCAGGUCUCUUGACUGCAGGAGAGACUGGGCAAUGUUGAUGCAAAAACAGUGGGGCUCUGCCUGUCCUGUCCCCAGCCUGGAACCAGGCCAACACCUCCCCUCCAGGGAGGCACCCAGUCCAUUUCCAGGACCACUCUGUUCUCCCAUAUUGCGUGGCCACAGAGCAGUCCUAGCUGUGCAGGUGCUGUGGUAAAGCAUGUUUCCAGGACAAGCCAGACCAAACAUGUGCAUUCCUGAGGGACUACUCUUGGCCCCUGAAUGAGGCAGCUUGGGUUGAUGUGUAGGAAACUGACUUGGGAACUAAAAACUGGGGGCAGCUGGAGCUGACCCCGGAGGAACUCACCUAUCCCCUGUGCCUCCUCAGCAGCUGUCACAGGCUAACAGCCUCUCCGGAGGAGGGAUGGGGUCUGCCAGCAGGUGGCCUGUACCUGAGAACAGUGGCAGACUGUGGCUCCUUACUCAUGGGCUGCUUUCUGGAGAGGCCAGGCCUUAAAAACCACUCCCAAGACAUACACAAUGGCAAGACACAUUUCUGAUACCCAAACAGACAAAUGGCUGAAUAGAGAGACCAGCUCCCUCUGCAUAGUAAAGCAACUUCACCAAAGACAGAAGCUGAGUUGCUGAAGUAGGAAUCCAGCCACAAAACUGCUAGGAAGCCAACAGUUAAAAAAAAAAAAAAA